GUGUAAAUCACAGCUCACUCAGGUGAAAAACAAACAGUUAAAACCAACACGCAAAGGGAUAGUUGCCGGUAACCAUAACAAAUAUAUUGAGUGAUAAAUUCUGCAACCAUGAAGUUGACAGCGCUAUGUUUGUUAUUGUCUUCGGUUGUUAUGACAACAGAUGGAUAUAAAACAGAGUAUUUACCGGGAUACUAUUGUGGAAAAGACUAUAAAAUGUAUGAUGAUGACGUGGCUGUCAAGGUUGAAAGCAACUAUUUAACUAGUGAAGGCUGGACUUAUCGCUCAGAGCUGGAUAAAUAUGAAUGUUCCGUAACAUUUGUAAAUGGAAAUGAUGAUUACGAAGGGUUGAUGAUGAAGUUUGGAAUGUUUAAAGCCAACUGUGGAGAUCAUAUAGAGAUAUUUUCUGGCAGGUUAUCCUAUGCAAAUUCUAAUAAGAAAAUCAUGGACUGUAGUACAAUGUACUAUAGUAGUGUAUUCAAGUCGACAUCAGGAAUAAUAUCCGUCCGAAUACUUUCUGACAGCGAUACAAUGAAGAUUAAGUUCAAUUCUACACUUGUGGCAUAUCAUGACUAUGAAGCUUAUGAAAAUUGCGAUGUAUUAUGUACGGAUGAAAAUGUGUGCAUUGACAAAAGUCUGUGCAAAGAUGGAAUUGACCACUGCUUUGACAAUAGUGAUGAGGAGCGUUACGCAAACUGUGAUGCAACUGAAGAUGUGCAUUGGGAUGACAAGAAUAAUAAAUGGGAAAAAGAUAUUACAUCUAGCAGCUCUUGGUCAUGGUGGUGGGGUGGAAUUUACAGUUAUGCAGUCAUCGGUGGAAUUGUUGUUGGAGUUAUUUCGAUCAUUGUUAGCAUUGUAUGCUGCUGCAUAAGAUAUAGAUAUGCGCAAUCCAGGUCAUCCGCCAGGACAUAUACCACACCUGCUACAUCUGUCACAUAUGCUGCCGGAGGUGGUGGAUACCCAGUACAACCCCCGCCUACUGUGUCCUACCCCCCAGGGUCCUAUCCUGUACAACAACCACCCCCAGGAUCUUACCCACAGCAACAGCAGCCAGGGGACUACAUGCAGCCUGUGACUCAACGGAACCCUAAUGCGCCACCACCAGUGUACGAAGAGCUGAGAAACCCAACUUAUGACAAUGCUGGAGAAACUAAGGCUAAUCCAGUUUAAAUCCUAUAAUUUGCAGUACAAGCUCCCAGUAACUCAAACAAUGACAUUCCAACUGAAGAAAUCCAGGCUUAUUCUCAGUCCCCAUUUGAAUCAAAUACAGUAGAAUCUGUGUAAGUUGAACACUCUUGGAACCACAAAAAGGUGUUCCACUUGGGAGGUG